CUCAACCCAAAGGUUACAGCUUUUCCUCACACAGAGAAACAUCACCAGAUUCAACACCUUCAAGCAUAUUCGUUUCUCCACAAAAAGGCCUCAUUUUUAGUUCCGGGAGUGAAGGAUAGUCAGUAACCCGCUAUCAAAACUUCAUCUUUUGGACUUCCCAAUUCAUAGUUUCGACAAUACUUAUCAAACUUUUGCGUUAGUGUUUGAAAUUACAGGUAGAAAAUGGCAGUAAAACCAACUGUUGCCUUGAGGGCUGUCCUUGUAGGUGGGAUAGCUGUGUUUGCUAAAAUAGCUGGUACAAUGAAAGCAGCUGGUGGUGCAAAGUUGGGGGCAGCAGCAGCUGCCAUGUCAAUGGCAGCCGCGGCUGUGACACAAUCAAAAGAGGAUCAAAAGGACGGUUCUAAGCCAUCCUCGAAGUGAUUUUUUUAUUUUCUUUUGCCUUUCUGUUUACGAUGAUUAUGUAGUUGGUACUGUUUGUAGCAUAGUUUGAUGUUCCCGGGUUGUCGGGAGCAGUGUAUUCACGGUUUACUGUUACUUGACCACAUGAAAAUGUCUAAAGAUCAAACAACUUGAAAUAAAAGCAAUGACUUGAUUCUUAUUUAUUUUGUUCU